CAUCGCAUCACAUAGCAUCACAGCACACGGCAUGGCGUGGCAGGCAGCAACGCCGCCGCGCUGUGCACGUCUCGUCUGCGCGCCCUUUUCGUACCUCUCCCACCCUGUCCGACUUGAGACGUUUCCGUACUUGUUAUCUCCCUGCAUACACGGCACCUUCCAGAACCACGCGAACGCUGCCUCGACGGAACAAUAAAGAGCGGACGGCGACCCAGAGGUUUCUGCUCCCUUGGCGGACCAACACUGAUUUCCCAAACGGAUAGAUACCCUUCGAGGAAUCGCCGCACCUCAAGGGUGAUUUCAGACCGCGAAUUCAGACCUCAAGCGUUGGGUAACGCGACGCCCACUCGCAUCCGGACUUUGGGUACAGCUACGGCUUUCCUCCCCCGCAUCCGUAUCCCGACAUUUCCUGAAGUACCAUUCUUCCCUCGUCCGAGCUCUGCGCCGCGCUUGACGCAGAGGAAUCGAAACGCCGUAGAGCGACCAUCGUCACAAGUUCCUGCGGCGGGCGCCAGCCGCCGCCGCUGUUGCUUCUGCUGUUGCUGCUGCUGUUGCUGCUGGUAAAGAGUCGCCAUCAGCACUACCACUGCGAGUAGCAGCGUCUCUAUCAGUCGAUUUCUUUUCGAAGCGGAAGCCUUCCGCUGGCGCGGCUACGGGACGUCACGCUCGCUUGUAGCAUUCGGCUAGGAAAAACUGCUAUUUAUUCUAGGCUAAAUCGUACUAAUCCCCACGUCGAACCCUCUUCGAUCGGGCUACCGGCAAGGAUAGUAGGACGGGCACUGGUGCGGCAUAACUUAUCCCUGGCGCUCGCGCCUCGGCUCACCCUUAGCCGCGAUCGCACCGCCACCAGCUAGCACCGCCUCGUCGAACCACCGCGCGCGCCGCUGGAAGUUCCACCAUGCCACGUGUCGCCUUACCCACGCGGCGCCCUCCCGCAACAUCUGCAGGGCGGGUAGUUAAAUUCGCCUUGCUGGUUCUCGUAGUUACUAAUGUCCUAGUUGCGCCCCAGUUCCUGGUUCCGGCUGAAGCAGCGCGGAAGAAGCCGUGGGUGGGCGUCAACCUGUCGCUCGGCCUCAUGUCCAAACCGCUAGACGUCAAGACGGCCAUCGCGACCGUCAAGCAGCGGGGGUUCGCGGCCGUCAAGACGUUCUACCCCGUGCCUGAAGUCCUGUCCGCCCUCGCAGGCACGGGGCUGCAGGUGAUGACGUCGGUGCCCAACGACCGGCUGUUCGACUUCGGCAAGAGCGACGCGGCGGCGCUGGGGUGGCUGGACGAAUACAUCGUGCCGCACACCGGCCGCGGCACCAACAUUAUCGGCAUUGCGGUGGGCAACGAGCUCAUGGGGCCGGGCACGGGGUACACGCUAGUGGUCCCGGCGAUGGAGGCGCUAUACCGCGCGCUGAAGACGCGCGGGCUGCACAGGCGCAUCAAGGUGGUGCAUCCGCAGCACAUGGGGUUUCUCGCCAACACGUACCCGCCGUCCAAGGCCGUCGUGGACCCGCUCUAUGUGGGCGAGAUGAGCAAGAUGCUCGCGUUCCUCAACAGGACAGGCUCCUUCGCGGUGCUGAACUGCUACCCGUUCUUCCCGUUCAAGGACGCAGGCGGCAAGAUCAGCUACGACUACGCCAUGUACCGCGGAUACAAGGGCUUCUACGACGCCACGCGCUACUACCAGAACCUCAUGGACGCCAUGCUGGACGGCGCGCUCUGGGCCUUCGAGAAGCUCGGAUAUCCCAACAUGCAGUACAUGAUUGGCGAGGCGGGUUGGCCCACAGGGGGCAACGCAGCGGCCACCAUGGUCAACUCCAAGCGCUGGACUGCAGGCUUCCUGGCCCGCGCCAACGCCCUGCGAGGCACGCCCAAGCGCCCGGGCACGCCCAUCCGCGCAUUCCUUUUCGAGAUGUUCGAUGAGGACCUCAAAGACACCACCCCGGGGCAGUUUGAGAAGCACUUUGGGCUGCACUACGCCAAUGGGACAAAGAAGUACGAGUUGAAUGUGCUGGGCGUGGCGAAGAAUCUCCCGCCGUCGAAACCCCCCAGGAUGUGGUGCGUGCGGAAUCCAACGGCUACUGAUGCAGCGGUGGGCGGGGGCGUGUCGUGGGCGUGCUCCAAGGACGGAGGGGGGAUGGACUGUGCAAAGAUAGGGGUGAGGUGCAGGGAGGGGAUGAAGGCGACAGCGGUGUAUAACGCCUGGUUCCAGAAGCAGGGCCAGACCAGGGAGGCAUGUGACUUUGGCGGCACAGCCAAAGUGACGGUGCGGAAUCCGUCCAAGGGGAUGUGUCUGCUGCACGGGCGGCCGCUGGGGGUGAAGUGAUGACUAGGCACGGGGAGUUACGUGGUGCUAUCUAAGGGAGUGGCAUACGUACAUAGCCUAGGAGGGAGGUACAUACGUAGCGUGCUCAAGCCCUCACAAAGCACACACAGGGCACACGAACGCUGGGAUUCGUCCAAGGGAGCCUGACUGUUGCAUGGGCGGUUUCUGGGAGACAAGUCUUGGGAUGGAGGUGUGAGAGUGUUGUUGCUGUCGCUCCCUAAAGAGUGAAACGCCUGAUGUAAUAGGUAGCGUGAAGAGUGCACAUAUAGUGCACAACGAGUAGUACUACUGGCAGGUUCUUAGCAAGUGGUUGCUAUUUAUUCAACUGCUUGAGAUUGAAAGUAAAGUCAGGUUAUGUGU